UCUCAACUACUCUUGUCUUGAAUCCUUCACUCAAGUCUCUUUUGUGUCCGUAAGAAAAAGAGAAGAAGAAAAAAACCCUAAUCUAUUGAGAAAUGGAUUUUCAUACUUUAGCUAGAAGAGAACUUCAAGCUCUAUGUAAGAAGAAUAAGAUCCCAGCUAACAUGACUAAUGUCGCCAUGGCUGAUGCCCUUUCUGCUCUAACUAUGGUUGAUGGGGUUGAAGGUAUUGGAAAGACAAUGCCAGAGACUCCGCUCACCAGUAGGACUGCCAGAAAACCAAUCAAAGCUCAAUCUGAUGUGGUCGAGCCCAAAACUUCUAUGGGUUUUGCCAGACCUAGUCGUGAAUCUAUGAAGGAGGUUCCAAUUGAUGAUCACGAAUAUAGUACAAGGCGAUCGACAAGAUUGCAGCAGAAAUCUGAAAUCAAAGUUUCUGAGUCUCUCCAGAAGGUAGGAGGAAGAAAUGAAGGUAUUAAGAUGGAAAUGUUGUCUAAAGAGGAAUACGAGGAGGAAAUGAAAUCAAUAUCUAAAAUUACUGAUGAUGUUCAACAGAAGAAUGGGGGAAAUGUCAAGGCUGUGAAAGAAGAACCAGAUGCUAUUUCCGAAGAUUCCUUUACUACAUUGCUCGUAGGUGGGGAUUCCACUUCUGAAGUUACUUCUGCUCCUAAGGUAUCUGCCAACGAAUUGAAGUUUACAGAUGGGGACGAGCUGCCUGAUGUAUCUUUUCCACCGGUGAAAACCGAAAAUUUGGUAGACGCAAAUGUUGAUGAAGGGAAGAGUUCGCACACAAGCGAAGUUGACCUCUAUGAUGUGAAGGUCACUGAUAAUUUUGAUUUUGAAACUAUGAAAGACUCAAUGAAGGAAGUCAUGAGUAAUCUGGAAGCUGAAGGGUGCAACUUAGAUACUCAGCAACAGGAUCUCAUAAUGGAAAGUGAAUAUGUUGAUGUAGCAGCUAUCCUUGAUACCGAGGUUAAUUGGACGUCGGAUGAUGAAGCAUCUGAUGAGAAUGAAGAGGAGUCAGAUAAUGAGGAAUCAGAUUCCGUUGAGGAGGACGACGAUUCAGAUGUUGAAGAGGAGAUUUCAGAUGCCGGUGAGGAGAAUGAGGACGCUUCUGAUGUUGACGAAGACAUUGUGAACCAGACUCCUUCCGAAACAACUACUUUGGGGAAUCAAGAUCAAGGAACCCCCCUAAGAUCAUCUACUAAGAAGAAAGCAAUUACAACUCCAAAAAGUUUUAUUAAGGUAUUGGACGACAACAAGGUUGGUCUAAGAAGUAAUUCUAAGGUGGUAUCUGAAGUAGCAACUGAAGAGAAAGAGAACAAAGGUGACAACACAGCCCAGAGGAAACUAAAAAGUACAAGUGUAAGGCAGUUGAAGAAGAUGAUCAAACAGCUUACCCUCGUAGACAAUAAAAACACUAGUGUUAAGGGGCAACAGGUGGAGAAGAGGCCUGUUCUGCAACAAUUGAGCGGUAACUGUUCGGUGGAAGAGAAAGAAGAGUGACACAUAUCUUUUACCUUCUAAAAUUUUGAUGGGUGUGAAGAGAAUGUGUGAAAAUUUUGUUGUUGUUUUAGUCGAUGGGGUUAAUGAAUUUGUUUACCCUCAUUUUGAGCAUUUUGUAUCUUUUUUAGAGAGAUCAUGUGGUCUUUUGUAGGGAUCAAUGAAUAAUUGAUUUUAGGUGUAUUGUUGGAAGGUUUUGAACAAUGAGUUUGCUGAGUCUUCUGCAUUAAUAAGAAUAAAAAUCUAUUUUGACA